CACUCAUCUGUAUAUAGUAUCAGAUUAUAAUAUCAGAUUAGAAACAUAGAAACAUGGAUCAUAAUAUGUAUACGUUCCAAUCGCAAUAUCAGCAAGACGAUGCCUUGGAAAAUGAAAACUAUUAUUCUGUAAUAAAUGAAGAUGUAAGUUUGGAGUAUGAAGAUGAAGAUGCAAUAUUAAUAUCGUUAGUGCAGGACUAUCCUUUCUUAUACAAUAAAGAGUUGACAGACUUCAAGGAUAACAUAAAAAAACAAAAUGCAUGGGCAGAAAUCGCAACUGCUGUAAAUAUAACAGAAGAAUGUCAAUCUCGAUGGACGAGAUUAAGAGAACGAUACACCAGAAAAAAACAGAGAGAAGCAGAAAGUACUACGGGAAGUAGAGCAGUCAAAAGAAAGCCCUUUGAAUUUUAUGAAAAUAUGCAGUUUUUGGAACGGUUCAUUAAAAGAAGAAGGAGGAAGCUGCAACAAGUCCCCAAUCGUAUCUAG